CAGCCUUCACACCGGACUCUGAGCUGCAGAGUGACGGAGCACAGACGCCGUUUCUCGGGUGCAUUUGACAUUUUUCCCCGCUUGUUUAACAGUGACGCAGCUUGAAGAGUGUCUCCGUGAGGAUAGUUGGGGCUGUCUUUCUGGAAAACAUUAACUCCACCUCUUUUAUAUUCAGUGGAAUUUAUCCUUUUUGGACCACAGAGGAGGUGUGGAGGAUGAACCCCCAGUGUGCCCGCUGUGGGAAGAUCGUUUACCCGACUGAGAAAGUCAGCUGCCUGGACAAGAACUGGCAUAAAGGAUGUUUCAGCUGCGAGGUUUGUAAGAUGACGCUGAACAUGAAGAACUACAAAGGCUACGACAAGAAACCCUACUGCAACGCACAUUACCCCAAGACGUCGUUCACCAUCGUGGCCGACACGCCGGAGAACCUGAGACUGAGACAGCAGAGUGAACUACAGAGCCAGGUGAAGUAUAAGAAGGACUUUGAGGAGAGUAAAGGUCGAGGGUUCAGCAUCGUGUCCGACACUCCAGAGAUGCAGAGACUCAGACGGACCCAGGAGCAGAUCAGUAUUGUAUGUACACACACACAAACACACGUAUACACUAUGUCACUGUUGGUCCUGGUGUGUGUGUAUGAAUGUGAGGGGUGCACUUUGGUCAGUGAGCACAAUCACACACACACAGAAUAUCGACAACUGUUGAAGAUGAAUGAAGAGGAGCUUCUUUUGGAACCAAUGAAUCGGGUAAGUAAGUGUUAUUUGUAUUUUUAAGGUGUUCUAAAUCCAGUCAAGAUGUCAGUUAUUAAAUCACAACUGACGAAGGAACAAAUUAAAUAAAUGUUUUAAUGUCGCAUGUCAGAAAAAGUGACAACCUGAGCACAACCUCUAAGAUGCUUUAAGUAACCAGUGUCUAACAUUAUAUUGGACAUUCAGAGCUCCAUAGACAAGCAGGAUGAAGACUAACCACCAUUUCAAUAGUUAAAUAAUACUUUACAAAGUGUCUUUAGAAAAGUCAAUAAUGAAUGAGGUGGAGGAUGAAGAAUCCCAUCAUGUAAACGAUUCAUUAUUGAUUAUAUCGGAACAGCUCGGAGUGUAUCAUGUAACGUAGAUGUAAGUAAAACAAUUUGUGUUAUUUUGCUUAUAAAAUACCGCAUAGGUCAGGGAAUCUCUGCAGCAGGACAAUGAUCCAUUUAUAAUUGUAUUUCUUUUACAUUUGCAAUGUGGAUCUAAAUGAAAUGCAUUUUCAGCCCUAUUUGUAAUGGUGCUUUUAAUUAUUCUAAAUGAUUUAAUGUUGAUUUUAUGGUAACAAUACAGCUUCUAAACAUAAAGGUUAUAAUUUGAUGAUUAAUGUACCUAUAUGUGGUGUGUGAGUGUGUGUGCACAGAUGCUUCUCCCAUGAGUCCCAGUGACCCAGCAACCCUCAGCAGAUGAUGCCAAGCUUUGCGUUGUGAAUGAGCAGAUGGGCGCUGUCCUGUUUACCUCGGCUGCCAUCUGACGCUCCUCACUGCCAGAUACCUGCUGCUGUUGGGACACUGUCGGAAUACUAGUCAUCUUUAUG